UUUGAGAUUCAGCAGUGACAUUCUCCUCUAUUCACCAACAACAGGAACUGGUGGUAGCGGCCAUGGUUGGAUGCCAAUUGGAUGAAACAAACUUCACUGUCAUCUCUCCGCAUAGAUAACAGCACGACACCACCCACUUACAACACUGUCAAGCCUGUUGCAACACUGCUGCAGACACCAACAAGAUGGAGAACCUCACUCUCAACGAAACACCGCUUGGGUCGCAAAGCCAGACACCGCAACCCAAUGCUGUACUACCUGGAGCACCGCCUCAAGGGCCUCCGCAGCUGCCACCUCAGAUGUUCACAACCGCUGCGCAGUUGCUCGAUUUGACAGACAAGAAACUCCUACUAGUGCUACGCGACGGGCGCAAGAUCUUCGGCAUUCUGCGCUCGUGGGACCAAUUUGCCAACCUCGUCCUAACAGACACACGAGAAAGAUACUUCGUCACCACCCCCUCUUCGUCCGACGAUGCCCAACCACAACCUCGAAAUCUCUACUGCGACAUCCCUCGAGGCACGUACCUGGUUCGAGGCGAGAAUGUCCUAAUACUAGGCGAGGUCGACCUUGACAGGGAUGACGAAGCGCCUCCGGGUUACGAGGAGGGAGAUGUAGAGGAGGUGUUUCGGAUACAACGUGCACAAGAAAUGGAGAGGAAACGAAAGGACAAAGGCAAACUACGCAAGGUCGCCGAAUUAUGGGGUGGCGAGAUGGAAGGAAGUGGCGAAGUUCUGUUCUGAAAAAAGGGGCCCAGUGCUACAUCACGAUGUUGCUCUAGCUGCUGCCACAAUAUGGGCAGUGGCGGUAGAUCUGGGGUGCCUACAAGGCAUGAAAACGGACAGCAACUUCAGCUUAUCGCCUCAAACUAAGCUGAUGGAUGCUUGCCAGCAUUGAAAUCAGACGAUCAUUGCAGAAAACUGCGUGAAACCGGAACAAUGAUAGAUGGAGGUCAGAGCAGAAUAUUGUGAAAUGCUCAUU